AUGACUCUUCCACCUCUCGCUCCGUUUCCGCCGGCCUCUCUGCGCCAAGGCAUUGUUCCUGACGAAUGGACCGCAUUUCUGGACGCCUGGACCGCCCUUUCACUGGCCUAUCUUAACCUCCCACCCCCGGCUUUUUCCUCGGCUGCUUCGGACGAAGGAAGCUUGGUCAAUUUUCUGGCCUCUUACUUUUACGAGGCUGCCCGAUCCGGAAAUAGUGACAGCUACUUCCAAUCAGAAAAGGCCCUCAGCUUGCGCAAGCAGUGCUUCUUACUAUCACACAGACUCCUUUCGGCGGAUCAGGUAUCGUCGAAGCUCCUCCAGUGGAAUUUUCUUGCCGAUCUUAGUCACGUUUUCGUGCGCAGUGAGCGUUUGAAGGAGUUGCUGGAGAGUCUAUGGAAGCGGCAUGGCGACAAGGUCGAACCGGGCUUGCAAAAACUCAAGGCAUCCCUAACUAAGACCCUGGAUUCGAAUCAGCCCGACGCAGCUGAAGAGCCUUUGAGAAGCCUUGUGCCGCUACUCCAUACCUCUCCAGACAUUGCCACUUUCUUCGUAGCUGGCUCAGACUUCCUUGACUCUCUGUGUAGCGCUUAUUCAAAGGCCUCACAAUCAUUUAGGCCGAAGAUAGUCACAGUCGCAUCCUUAGGCAUACUUGCCCUCACCAAAGGCGAGAAGCCAAAAUUUUCUCUUCUUUCGGAUACCCUCUACAGCCUUAAGUCGAAUGCGGAAAGCCAGCAGAAAUCUGGCCAGCCCUCACUGUUAUCAGACCUGGUUACGAACACGCCGAUCGUGACUCGGAUUAAAGACAGUGGAGCCAGCGACGAAGGCGCCAGAGUCAAGAGUUUGGCCGAGUCGCUAACUUCCUUCCGCCAGUCCGGCCUAGCAAGGCCGAAGAAGUUCGUCCGUCGCAAGGUCGAUAAAGGCAAGGCAAGAGCUACAGACGACGAGUAUGGCCAUGGCGGAUUUGGCGAGGUCCAUGUGCAUCGUAUGAGCCUCGUUACGCAGAUACAAGAUCUCUUUCCGGACCUUGGUUCCGGCUUCAUCGUCAAGUGUCUUGACGAAUACGACGACGACAUAGAACAAGUCACUGCUCAUCUACUGGACGAUUCCCUUCCCCCGCAUCUCAAGGGUGCGGACAGGACAGCACAGCUACCCGCGCCGUCGCAGCAGAAACCGGUUGACUUUGCCCCUCACCUUCCACCUCGGUCUACGCCUCCCCCGAUCAGGCGCAACAUCUAUGACAACGAUGAGCUCGACCAGCUCACUGUUGAUGCCUCUAGGUUGCAUAUUGGUCGCAGGAACGAAUCCCUCACCGCUGACAACAUCCUCUCGGACAAGACCUUCGCCCCCAACAAGGCCGCCAUCCUUUCUGCGCUCGCUACCUUCGACCUCGACGACGACGAGCGUGAUGACACGUAUGACGUUGAAGACGUCGGCGGUACGAUUGACUCGACCGUCCCAGGCAACGACGAAGCAGCAGAGCUCAGGGACGACCGUACCGAAGAGGCGCUCUUCCGCGCGUAUUCUAUGUCUAAGGAUGCCUUUGGCCGCGAUCUGGCGACGCGUCGCAGUAGCGCCAGGCAGGCGCUGCGGAGUGAGACGGGCAUGACGGACGAGGCCAUUGAGGGCUGGGCCAUUAUGCUGGCCCGCGACCCGCGGAAGCUUAGGCGGAUGGAGGCCAAGUUCGCCACGUUCGACGGCAGGCAGACAGAGCUGACCUCGACACGGUGGACGGACUCGCCCGCGGAGUCGGGGACGGACACCGACGGAGGUGGCAGAGGUGGGCGUGGUGGAGGCAGAGGAGGCGCGGGUAGGGGCCGGGGUGGUCGGGGAAGAGGACGUGGACGUGGUGGUGGGAACGCGGGCGCCGGAGGAACAGCGGCGGGCCCGGCGGACGACAAAGCUACACAGGUGGCCAGGCAGCGGAAGGAGGCCAACAAGUCAUCACGCGCAAACCACAACCGCCGCGAAGGGCGCGCCAGGAAGAUGGCGAGGGCGGGCUUCCCGGGCUAA